AUAACAUCUGACAGAGAACACAGUUGAAAGACUUUAAGUAAAAUAAGUGCAAGAAUGUCAUCGCUGUUUAACAUCCAGUUCCUGACGGUGGUUUGUAUGAUGGGGUUCCUUUUGAUAUCACUUGGGGUUGAGGGGGCACCUUCAAAGAAAGUAAUUCACAAGACGCCAGAAGAAUCGGAUCCAUCAUCAUACAGACUGAUCGUGGAUUCACAGUUUAAACCCUCGUCCAAUCCAAUCCGUCCAAUCAACAAUGACUCCAUCUCUCCAUGGACAUACACGUUUACUCAAGAUAAGGACCUGUACCCCUCUAAAAUUGCAGAAGCAAAAUGUUUGCUGACUGGAUGUUUGAAUAUAGGAAAUGAAGAAGAUAAUAGCUAUGAAUCAAAACCCAUUUACAGGCAAAUUUUGGUCUUAAGGAGAGUUCGUGGAGUCAAGCACAACUAUUCCUUCAAAAUGGAGUACAAAACCAUUGCAGUGGGAUGUACAUGUGUUCAUCCAUACACUGAAGAAGUUAGAACUUGAUGGAGUUUUAUACUGUUCCUCUGUUAUAUUAGAUGUUU